UGGCAAAGCCUGCCCAGUUUCCUGUAUUGGAAGCGAGGUUAGUUUAUACUUGCUGGAGUUCAGAGGUGAGAACCUCGGUCUGAUUGAAUGGUGAAGGGUAACACUCGUCCGCUAAAUUGUCACAAAGCGGCGGAGUAUCACUGUGAUACCGACCUGGCUGAGUAACGAACUAGAUACAAUGGAGCCAUGAAGAUCACUGGUUCGUAUUCAGUGAGGCACGAUAGAGGGGGUUGGGAAGAAGAUAAAGGGAAGUGAGAGCAAGGGGCUGGAAAAAAAGCGCUGGAUGGUGCUAUGGGAUGGAUGAAGCAGAGCAGAAUAAAUACGUGUUACAGCUUAAGGAUGUGUUUGACAGCUGUGACACUACAGGGACUGGAUACCUGGACAGAGAGGAACUGAGUGACCUGUGCCAAAAGCUCCACCUGGAAGCUCAGAUCCCUCUUCUACUGCAGACACUUUUGGGGGACAACUAUCACGGCCGGGUAAAUUUUGAGGAGUUUAAAGAAGGAUUUGUUGCUGUGUUAUCUACCAGUAUUGACCUGGGCAAUUCAGAAGAUGAGAGCAGUUAUUUAGAACUAGCUACCCCAGAGCAGGUUGAGCCAAAGUACAUCAGGGGAGCCAAACGAUAUGGCCGCCGAUCUAUACCCGAAUUUCUGAAUUCCGAAGUGGAAAUGACAGACGAUUUGGAGGAGUCACUUUGCUUUAGGGCAACAAAGGAUGAUCUGUUCACACAAAGCACCAGCAGAAAUACUUUGAGACAUUCAUCAUCUCUUGAGAGUAUAGAGAGCAUCAAGACUGAUGAAGAGCUUGAGCGUGAUAAAGAAACUUUGCACGAAAUCUUUGAAGCACAAGGUCAGUUGAGCAGAUGGAAUCCUCGUGGCUUUGACAGUCCCAGGAGGUCCUCCACUCCUUACCCUGGAGCUACAGAAAACUACGUUCAAGCCAUCUGGGAUGAGCUGGGAGUAGGGAAGAAUGGCUACCUCAACAAGGAGGAAUUGGAAACAGUCUGCAAUAAUAUUGGCCUAAUCGACCUCAAAGACAAAGAAGUUGAUGAUCUGUUCAGAAAGCUGGAUAAAGAUGUUGAUGGAAAAGUGAGCUGCAAUGAGUUUCUUCUUGGCUUAUUUUGGCAUGGAUCUGCUGCUUCAAUCCCUUCCACACCCUGCAAGCAGAAAUAUCAUCUCCAUCAGAACUUUAAGGAGAACAGAUGCAGAACAGCUACUCCAUCCUUGAUGUCCAGCACUGUUGGUUUGCAGUUGUUUUCUGGUCUUGAUGAUGGCACUGGUCAUGCAACACCAGAACAAAUAAUCAGCAUGUGGCAAGAAGGAGGAAUUAAAAACAGUCAGCAGAUAUUGGAGACAUUAGAUUUUGAUGUGGAACAGAAGGUGAAUCUUGCAGAGCUGACCAAAGCACUCAACAAUGAAUUAUUGACCAGCAAAAAUGGAAUUCAUCAGGCUGCAUUCGCCUGUUACAGAAAUGAAAUAAACUGCCUUCAAAGUCAAAUUCAGCAGCUGUACAAGGAGGGAGAAAAAGCCAAAGCAGACAUGGAUAGAGCAGAGAAGUGCAACGUGGAGCUAGCCAAGGAAAUUGAUGACCGGCAUACCACAAUGGAAUUGCUCAAUGAGACCAAAAUCAAAUAUUUGGAUCAAGGAUACAAGGAAAAGAUAGCAGCAGUUAAAUUAGAGAUGGGCAAGGAACAGGAACUGAUUGUACAGCAGGUGAACACACAGCGAGCUGAACUCGAACACGAGUUACAUUCCCUCCGAUCUGAGGAGGUCCAUUUCCAAGAAAAGCUGAAACUAGCAAUGAAGGAGAAUAGUCGAUUACAGAAGGAACUGGUAGAAACAGUGGAAAAAUUGACUGCAUCCGAGAAAUUGAUUUCCAAAUUACAGAAGGACCUUGACUACGUGCUAAAGGAAAAAUUUGGAGCAUGGGAUCAUCUGAAUGUGGAGAUCAUUGGCCAUGAGCAGAGGUUCACGGAGAUUAUAAUGGAAUAUGAACAGCAGUGCAGGGAGUUACGUGACCAAAAUGAUGAGCUUCGGUCUGAAGUGGAGCUGCUCCAAUCACAGCUGCACCACAGGAAAUGUAGCACUGCGGGUAAUAAGAGGGACAAGAAGACCAUUUGUAUAAGCACUGAUGGCUGGGUCACCAGGUGCCAGCCUGCUUCUGAUAAGGUUUCCCUAGAAAGUGAAUGUGACAACAUGAGCAUCCAAACAGAGAUGGCAAUGGAGCAACUUCGAAGGCAGCAUCAACAGGAAGUGCAAGACCUUAAAAUCCAAUUGGAAACAAAGGUAAAUUAUUAUGAGAGAGAAAUUGAACUGAUGAAGACGAAUUUUGAGAAAGAGAGGAAGUACGUAGAACAAAGCUUUAAGAUUGAGAUCAGUGAACUGGAGGAUCAGCAAGUGACCAGGGAACAGGAGAUGGAGAGGCUUCAGGGUGUAGUGCAUGAGUUGCGUGUUCAACAGCAAGAUGCAGAAGUCAAGCAGCAGGAGGCAAUCGCUGAAAUGCUGAGACAACAUGAAACAGCCAAGCUAAACCUGCAAGAAGACCUGAGGAAAGAACAGGAGGAAAAGUACAAAAUGGAAGAGCUUAAGAAGGACGCAGAGUUGACUAAAAUGUUUGAGGCACAGUCUAAAUCAAAAUUGGUGUUACAAAUGCAGGAACUGGAAAAGAGGUUCAAAUGGGAGAAGACAGCCCAACAGCAGGCCUUUGCCAAGGAGGGGUCAGAAUUAGAGCUGCGGCUGUCGAAGGAGAAGCUUGAAAUAGAGAAGGAAUUGAAACUCCAACAUCAGAAGGAGUUGCAGCAACUAAGGAAGGCAACACAAGAUGAAUGUAACCUGAGGCUGUCACUUUUGGAAGCUGACCAUGUUGCUUUAACACAAAAGUAUCAGUCUGAGAAAACACAGCUGAUCCAAAGAUACGAGCUGAAAAUUGAGGAGCUGAAAAUAAAACAGAGUCAAGAGAGAAGUCAGUGGGAGUCUCAUGUUCAGACAACUUGCAAUGAGGCCAGGAAAGAAAAGCUAAACCUGCAGGAAAAGAUGCAAGAGGAACAGGCUGAGAUCUGCAAAACAUUUGCAAUAGAGAGGGAAGAAAUGGAAACCAAGUACAAAGAGCAAAUACACAGUCUUAGUCGUGAGAUCGAGAGCUUAAAGAUUCAGGUAAAAGAGCUACGAAGUGUGAACGAUGUGGAAGAUCUAACCCGACAGGAUGUAAAACUCACUGCAGACAACUCUUGCCUUUACCAAAGGAUCUAUGUCCAACCUUCAACAAAUGAAGAAUUUUUUGCAUUGUUAAAGAACAAAGAAGAGGAGAUAUUGGGUUUAAAGCAGCAAAGAGAUGAGAUGGAAAUAAAGCUGAGUCAAGCGAUGGAUGAGUCAGAGAGAAAGGAGCAGGUGCUUCAAGAUGAGACUAAGAAUCUGCAGAGGUUGGUAAAUAAACUAGAGGCAGAGACUGAGACUGAGAAGAAGUACAGAUGUGAGUCUGAAAUGCUCUCUGAAGAAAACUCUUCCUUGAAAAGAAAAGUGGCAAAAUUUCAUCAGGUGUUCCAGGAUCUGGAAGGAGAAGUUAAUGAACAAAGGAAACAAGUGGAACACCUGAAAGACGAAAGAGAGUGCAGCCAGAGAGAAUUUGAAGAACUCCAGAAACGGAACAAACAGUAUGUGGCUGAAAUUGCCCAGCUCAAAUGCAAGAACCUGCAGCUCAGCAAUCAGAACUCACUAUUCUGUGCCAAGGUGGAUGCCAAUCAGCACAGCAUUCAGAUGCUCAAAGCAAGACUAGCUGAACUCUCCCAGCAGAAGGAAGAGGUGGUCACUGUUCACAAACAACUGCAGGAAACCUCCAGCAGAUUGGAGAAGGAGCAUUUCCAGCAGCAAUUUUUAUGGGAAAAGAAAAAACAGCUCAUGCAACAGGAACUACAGGCAACUAAGGAAAAGAUAAAGAACCUAGAAUUGGGUUUGGACCAAGUGCAUUCUGAGCAAGACCACAUGAAACUUGAACUUCAAGGAAAGCACCAAGAAAGUUUGUCGCUGACACAGGAGAUGGGAUCUCUUAAAACAUCAUUGCAAGAAGCAAAGGAUAAGAUCAGCCAAGUGCAAAUCCUGGAGACAGAAUUGGAAUGUAUGAAAAAAGAAUAUCAGAUUUUGCAAAACAAACAAGUAAAAUUGGAAGCUGACCUGGUGGAAUCGCAGAGACAGUUGUUGGAGGCCAAGACCCACUUGAUGCUCUCCCAAUCUCAACACCAACAUGAUGUGCAGCAAUUAAUGGAGCAAAUUGGCAAUGCGGUGCCCAAAGCUGUGUUGACAGAAUUACAGCUAAAGCUAUCAGAGGAAGAGCAGAAAGUGCAGCAUCUCCAAGAACAAAUCGAUGCCCAGACUAAGGAAGCAAACAGGUUGAUGUGUGGACAACAGGAGGAGUACAAAAGACUUCUAAAGCAAAUGGAGGAAAGAAUGGAGGAGGUUGAACAAAAGCUGAAAAAUGUACGAAUGAUGCUUCAAGAUAAAGUGAACCAACUCAAGGAACAGUAUGCAAAGAAUGCCAAGUCUGAUUCAAUAUUGAAGGAUCUGUACGUGGAGAAUGCCCAAUUGAUGAAAGCAUUGCAGAUCACAGAGCAGCGGCAGAAAGGUGCUGAGAGAAAGAAUGUCUUGCUGGAUGAGAAAAUCGCAGCUUUAAACAGAGUGUUAAGAAAAAUUGCUCCAGCCUCUUUCUCUUAACUAUGUCCAAGCACUACUACUAUCACCAUUUUAAGCUCAUCAACCAAGAAUGUUAAUACACUUUCUCUCUUGUAGUCAAGCCAUUUGUGAAUUACUGACAUUUUCUGUUUUUAUUUCUCAUUCCAAGUACCUGCAGUAUUUUGCUUUUGCAUGACCAUUUAUUUCUGGCACUUUUGCAAAGCAGAUAUUGUUCUUCAUCCCAAUAAAAUUACUUUGAUACUGAUCUGUCCAUGGGUAAUUAACUAAAAUCAAGUUCUCUUCUUUGAUAUUCUACUCAGUUUUUCUCCAUUAUGAAAUGCUUCAAAUCUUUGUAAAAUCCUGAUUUAGUGCUUAGUAGGAUAUAUGUUUUAUACGUUUACAAUGCAGAUUAUCAACUUUUCCAGUCAAUAAACUGUUUGCUCCUACCUUUGAAAGGGAUUUGAAUAAUUGGUAUGCAUUCUCCCUGAGAGGGUAAUGCAGCUAUGAUGGUAACAGCAACCUUGCAACAGACCCCACAAGGGUUUAUGUAUUGAUAAUGCAUCACCUUGAAUGAAUGAAUGAGAUAAUGAUGUUACAAAAUUUUUACAUUUAUUGUUUUUUUCUUGUUCCAUUACAUUUACUUUUUUCCCUAAAGUAGCUUGAUUGCUGUAUGAUGUGCAAAAUGGAGUUUUGAUAUGAGAACUAUGUGUAAACGUUGUUAUUUGAAGAUAAGACAAUCUGUAAAUGCUGAUCCUGCUGUGCAGAAAUGAUUUUUUUUAUUCAACUGACUUUGAUACUAUUUUGAUAAAUUUUUAUAAAAACUAAAAAUAUCAUCCAA